UUUAUCAGUUGUCAUGUGACCAACACUCAGCCAUCUUGUGGAAAACGAAGAGAGAGAGAGAGAGCCACACAACUCGCAUACAAACCUUGUGCUGUCAGAACAAGCAGAGAACUUUGAGGAAGAAUGGCCGAAACCCAGACACUUAACUUUGGACCAGAAUGGCUCCGUGCCUUGUCUGGAGGUGGUAGCAGCGGUGCUGGUGGAGGAGGCGGCUGCGGUAUUGCCUCUCCACCCCUCUCACCUGCAUUGCCAAAGUAUAAACUUGCAGACUAUCGCUAUGGAAGAGAAGAAAUGUUAGCACUUUAUGUAAAGGAUAACAAGAUCCCCAUAGACCUACACGACAAAGAGUUCCUGCCCAUAUUGCAAGAGGAGCCCUUGCCGCCUUUGGCACUCGUGUCUUUUACAGAGGAGGAACAGAGAAAUUUUUCCAUGUCUGUAAACAGUGCAGCUGUACUUCGGCUGACAGGGCGAGGAGGCGGUCCGAUAGUAGGGGCACCAAGAGGCCGAAGUACCUCAAGGGGUAGAGGCCGGGGAAGAGGAGAUGGAGGGUUUUACCAAAGAAGUUUUGAUGAUGUGGAAGGUUUUGGUCGUGGAGUGAGGGAGAUGCAUCGCUCCCAAAGCUGGGAAGAAAGGGGAGAAAGAAGGUUUGAAAAGCCAGGUCGAAAAGACCCAGUAGAAGUUGCUCCAGGACAUUUCCCGAUGAAUCACAUCGCUGUAGUUCGAAGCAACUAUGAGGAUGGUGUGACGGGCCUACCGAGGAAGCAUGACUUCACGCGUUCAGAGAGUGAGAACUGGCGUUCUGCUCAGAAUGAUGGGCCUCGGUCUGCAGGAUGGCGGGAACACCCAGAUCAGCGGCGCCGUUUCCCAUUUGAUGCAAGAGAAGAUGAGCGUGGCUACAGGAGGCCACGAUCAGGCAGCGGUAGCCUGGAUGACGAGAGGGACAGCCUCCCAGAGUGGUGUCUGGAGGACGCAGAGGAGGAGGCGGGCACCUUCGACUCAUCAGGGGCCUUUCUAUCACUCAAGAAAGCCUCCAAGGAACCAAUCCUGGAGGAGGGAGAGCUAGACUUCAAACCCUUGGAAGAGUGUGAAGAGGGCCUGGAGGAGGACGACUGUCAGCUCAGAGAGACCAAAGAAAUGAAAACAGAGGCCGAACGAAAAGAGUUUUCGAGAGCAUCAGAGGAGGCUUUACCUGAUGAAGCCCCCCCGGUUUCGGAGCCCCAGGCUUCUGCCCAGUCUCUGUCCCUAAUCCAGCCCAACAGAACCGAAGAGGCUGAGAGGCCGACUGAACGACAGCCACCCAUGGAGCUCCCACCAGAGCCCUGCAAAGUCCCCCUGCACGUCCCCAUGUCUAACACCAUGCUUGAGUCUCUACCCAUGAACCACAUUUCUACCACCCUUGCAGAAGUAUCUGCACCAUCACCCAGCGUCCAGCUACCGAAAAAGCACAUGGCGGUUCCUGUGGCGAUGAACAAUUGUUUGUCCUUUUCUUCGAGUAUAAUGGCACCUAUUGGAAGGCCCACCGCUGUGCCACACGACACAGAUGAAGAUGAAAGACUGAAACACUUUGAGCAGGAGGCAGAAAAGAUGGUAGCAUACUUACAGGUGGAUGAUGACAGACUUACAGCAAAGACUUCAGAGAAGCCCAAACCUGCAGGCCUGCCGCUCACCCACGAGGCUGCUCUCAAGUGGUUCUACAAAGACCCCCAAGGGGAGAUGCAGGGUCCAUUCAGUAACCCAGAGAUGACUGAGUGGUUCCAGGCUGGUUACUUCACAAUGUCUCUCUUAGUCAAAAGAGGGUGUGAUGAAGUAUUUCAAGCACUUGGAGAGAUCAUAAAGAUAUGGGGGAGAGUACCGUUCACUCCAGGCCCUGCACCACCUCCUCUACUGGGGGAUGGUGAUCAAGAGAGGUUGAAGAGGCAGCAAGAGCUCACUGCUCUCAACCUUUACCAGUUACAGCAGCUCCAAUAUCAAUACCUCCUCAGGCAGCAGUAUGCUCAGGCCCUGGCCCAGCAGAAAGCGGCAGCUCUUAGCUCAGCUCCUCUUCAACAGCAGCAGCAACUCCAACAGCAGAUCAACCUGCUUCUACAGCAAUACCAGGCUCUGAAGCUAAGAGCGUCUGAGAACCUCCUACCUCCUGUUACCCGGUCCCUGUCUGUACCAGAUACUGGUUCUGUGUGGGAAAUGCAGAACGCGUCCUCUCAGGCUUCCUGCACACCAAAAGUUCAAAAAGCUGUUAAAAAAGCUGUUCCAAACACGUGGGAUGGCAGCAGCGUGUGGGAUUUACCUAUAGACUCCGUCGCACAGGCUCCAACCAUCGAGCAGAUGCAACAGUUGGAGAAGUCAAAGUCUGCAAAGUUGGAGUUGGAAAGACGUGAAGCAGAAAUGAGAGCCAAAAGGGAGGAAGAUGAUAGGAAACGACUGGAGGAGGCCCUGAGGGCUCGACAAGAGGAGGAACGCAAGCGCUUGGAAGAAGAGGAGCUGGCACGGCAAAAACAGGAGGAGGCAUUAAGGUGGCAGCGAGAGCAAGAUGAAGUACAGCGCAGACAAAAAGAGGAAGAGGAAAGAAUGGCACAAGAGGAAGCUCUCCGUAGAUUAGAGGAGAGGCGGAGGGAAGAGGAGGAGAGAAAGAAGAGGGAGGAGUUCCUUCGCAAACAGGAAGACGAGCGCAGAAAGCAGGAGGAACUUGAAGCAUUGAGGAGGCGUGAGGAGGAGAAGCGAGCGGAGGAAGAGGCAGCGGCUGCUGCGGUGGCAGCUGCUCUAGCCCAACAACAACUGGAGGAGCAGAAGAGGAGAGAGCAGGAUGCCCAAAGACAGCAGGAGCUUCAGAGACAGCGGCAGCAGCAACAAGAGGCCCUCAGGAGACUUCAACAACAGCAGCAGCAGCAGCAGCAGCUUUCACAAAUGAAGCUUCCGUCCUCUUCAAAAUGGGGCCAGCAGUCAGUCAACUCUAUAAACCAGACUCAGAGCGCCCUGUCACUGGCUGAGAUCCAGAAACUGGAAGAGGAGAGAGAACGACAGACGCGCGAGGAGCAACGACGUCAGCAACAAGAGCUGAUGAAGCUACAGCAGCAGCAGGCCUUGCAACUGGCUCAGCAGCCCCAGGCCAAGAUGUCUAGUUGGGGUAGUUUGGCCAAACAGCCAGCUGCUACCAAAUCUUUGCUGGAGAUUCAAAGAGAAGAAGCCCAGCAGAUGAAGCAGCAGAAGGAGCAGCCUCAACAGCAGCAACAACAGCCGCAGCAGCAGCAGCAACAACCACAACAACAACCGCAGCAGCAGCAGCAGCAGCAACCACCGCAGCAGCAGCAGCCACACCCCAUUGUCCCCCAACAGACCCGCGCUCAAAACAGAACUACGUCGUCUCUGAGUAGCUCAGUGUGGGGGUCUAUGAACACGAGCACCUGCACUAACUGGGGCUCAGACUCCAGCAGUAUCUGGGGUGACACCAACAACUCUAACAUGGGCUUCUGGGAUGAAGCUGUGAAAGAGGCUGUCCAGCAACCUCCUCCAACCAAGAAAAGCAGCACGCAGAAGAACAAUAAAGGAAAUGCCAACCUCAGUAACUCCGGGAGUGGGCGGGUCAAUAAGAAAGUAGAAGAGGAGGAGAAGCUGCUAAAGUUGUUUCAAGGGGUCAAUAAGAGCCAGCAGGACGGCUUCAUGCAAUGGUGUGAGCAAACCCUGCACACCCUCAACACGGCCAACAAUCUGGAUGUUCCAACGUUUGCGUCCUUCCUGAAAGAAGUGGACUCUCCAUAUGAAGUGCACGACUAUGUCCGGGCCUAUCUGGGGGACACUCCCGAGGCCAAGGACUUUGCCAAGCAGUUCCUGGAACGUCGUGCCAAACAGAACGCUAAUCAACAGAAACCAGCUCCGCAGAACCAACAGCAAGCCCUCAAGCAGCAGCAGCAGCAGCAGCAGCAGCAGCAGCAGGAUUCUGUAUGGGGUGGAUCUUCAUCACUCUACCAGUCAAACCAUACGAGUGCCCAGCAGCAGCGCUUUGAGACCGUCACCUCAGGGAAGAAGAAAAAGAAGCAGAAGAUGGUCCGGGCAGAUCCCAGCCUUCUAGGUUUUUCUGUGAAUGCGGCAUCUGAGAGAUUGAAUAUGGGAGAGAUUGAGACUUUGGAGGACUUUUAAGGGACCACAGCCAAACAAACCCCACUGACUGUAUCCGUUUUGAACAGCAGCUGUUUUACCCGAACCCCCUGCCACAGCCCUCCCCCCGACUGCUUCCACAACUUUCCCCUUUUAUUUUCAGUUCCAUAUUUAUCAGACAAACUGGUAAUCCUCCAUAAAUUCCAAAUUGUCAACAAACGGUGAUCUCUGAGGCAGGGUGUGUUUUCCUUUUGCUUACGGACCUAUAAUCUGUUGAAAACCAGACUGGAGCAAACUGGCCAGUGAAACAUCCCACAAGCCAAGAGAGCAAUCGCCAAAUGAACUUCUCGACUGUCUGUAGGAGCGAUAAUAUCUGUUUAGGCUUCAGCUGCUUGGCCCCAAAUCAUGUCCUGAAAUUCAGUGACUUCAAAUUUCAAAUUUGGCCUCCAUUAUAUGGGAUUUUAAGUGGAUAUAUGGGUAGGGUGGUUGGGGUGUUAUGGGAAAGGUUAGAGAGAUUAUAUUCAUUGUUUUGUUUUAUUUAUUGAAAGUUUACACUUUAAUUCCCCCCCCUUCUCUUACCCCUUCCUGUUUUUCUGCUGGGUGUUCAUGGAUCAUGAGGAGCCCAAGGAUUCGUGGCCACUUAUGUCCUGUUUUAAGGACAUAUCAAAAGUUCCAAGUAGUUAUCUAUUUCUUGUAAAAUACUAGGCUGUUUAAAGAAUAAACUUUCAAUUCUGCAUCUGUAUUAUAAUAUAUGAAAAUGAUCUGCUGGAGUCAUACUUUUUUUAUUGCAGUAUGAAAUAAUAAAACAGUCUUAUGUGUUGGCUGUUCA